GUUGUGAAUUAUGUGCUCACUGUCCAUUCUCUACUGUAGGUCCGGUCUCUUACAUCAUGUGGUUGUGGAUUAAAGUUUGAAUCCUUUAAUAAGGAAAUAAAUAGCUUAUAGGGAAUGCUGAUUUCCUUAUUUGGAAUAUAACUUUCAUUGCUGGGAUGAUGAUGACGAUGAUGAUGGAAAAGGCAAGAGCAAUGAAAACAAUGAAUGGAGGAGGCUCUCAAGAACACUUCCUGGAACAGGAACAGGAACAGGAAGAGGAACUGAAACCCUCCCUUUCUUACAAUAUUAAUUCAUUUCCACAACAAAAAACCAACCUUGGAGUAGAUGUAUCUGCAGAUGAGGAUACAGAGAUUAGCAUUUUUGAUGCCAAAAGGUACUUCAGUGAAAGCAACAGCGAUUCAAGAGUGUGCAAAAGACUGUCCCCCCUUAACAUACCCAAUCCGGUUCAUGUUGCAUCAGAGCCCGGGGCUGCCUUGGCCGGUAGAUUUUCUUCGGCUUCGUCAGCUGCUGACGGGUGUGGUUAUGGGAGGACCUACCGAGUUCGUUCCUUCCAUGCCACACCAACGCCUUCAUCAGAGGCUAGCUGGAAUAGCCAGACUGGUUUGUUGGCAAAUCCUGCUGGUGCCAUUGCAGUUUCUAUGACCACAACCGAUGACAAGAGAAAAGGGUCCGGUAAGUUAAGAAGGCUUUGGCGACGAAGUUGCCCCUGCUCGGGCAAGAAAUCAGUACAAGUUGAGCCCAAUAAGCCCCAGAGUUUUAAGGUAGAUGGUGAGAGAAGCACAGGGACACAAAGUGCCAGCUCGGGUAUUGAUCAUAAACGGCAAGAGAUGCUACAAACCUGCAAUCCUCGCUGUAUCUCAGAAGAGAAUCAUGAGUUCCAUUCAAGCUUAGGAGUACAGCGUGUGGUAGCAACAACAACAAGAGUACCCCUGAUGAUAACUAAUGGUUCAGGGACUGCUGGCUUCACCUUUCCAAUACUUAAUCAAGUACAACCAAAAUCAUCCCACGUUAAAAUGGUAGUGAAUAUAAAUAGUAGUUCUCUUGAUAAUCAUGAAGAUCCACCUCGAGAGUCGUUGGAUGUGUUCCUACCUCCUGACGACUCAUCUAUUUCUGUUCCAAAGAAACUAGUGUCCAGAAUUACCAUAGCGGACGAUGAUGCUGCAAGUGAUACCAGCUCGGACUUGUUUGAAAUUGAGAGCUUAUCCACAACCACCCAGGGCCACUCCACGUCCCAUCCAAUGUACAAUAAUCGUCGAGAUUCAUUGGAUGAUGCCUUGAAUUUUAAUACAAUAAGAUCGAUAGCAGCAGCCUGCAACGGUUCAGGGUUCGGGUGUCAGUAUUCAUCAAUGAUGACAGAUUGCUGCUACGAGCCGAGCGAGGCGAGCAUAGAGUGGAGCGUGACAACGGCAGAAGGGUUUGAGAGAGGAUCUGUUGGGGUAUCAGAAGCAGAGGAGAUGCAUGGCAAUUACAAGUACAAUGGCAUUGGCAAAGGAGGAAGGCAGAAAUCUGGGAAUGGGGGGUUGCUGAGCUGCCGAAGCGAGAAGGCGGUGAGCGUAGGGCCAUACCCUGUCAAGUACGUGCCUCCUCAGGGGCAGGCAGAUAUUACCCUGAAGCAUGUGAACAAUGUGAACAAUCCACCGCUUUCCCGUUUGUCCAUCCCUUUUUCCGCAUAAAUCUUCCUGUAUUUCAAAAUAUUUCUUAUUCAUAAAAUAGGGUCACACCAAUGGCUCCUUGAUAAAAUUUGUGUUUGUGUAGGUUUUGAUUUAAAUUCAGUCUUUUUAUUUGUAAACUCGUUUUUUUUUAUUGUAAUGUAAUUGUUUAUUUAUAUGAAAAAAUCUUUGAAAUUAUGUAAAA